UACUGAGCUUUCUAGCUGAAUCCAUAGUCGCCGCCGCCACUCGACUCUAAGCUUUUCUCUCACACUCACAAGCUAGGUCUGAUCUGAUCAUCGUCUUUGUUUCAAGAUGACAGCUUGUCCUUUGGCUUUGGGCCUUGAACACAAUCAAGCCUAAAACGUCAUCGUUUACAACCUGGAUCAAGACUCUAGAGCGUGCAUGUACAAGAGCAGGACCACAUAGAAGAAAAAUGGACUACCUUUUAUAACAUUCUCACUUCAACUCCAAGUUUCUGUACGAAAUGAAGCUCUCCGUAUGGUGAAGAGAGGCCAACGAGGACAACGAUCAGAUCCUGUCCGAGAAAUCAAGCCCAACAACCGGAGGAUCAUGGGGUAGUGCUUAUAAAAGGAAGGCAGAACAACCAGCUAAAUAUAUAUACAUGGUAAAAGAUUAAAGGAGGGUACACUUCAAGAUCUUGGCUUCCCUAAGCUUUUCAAAGCUGAAACCCUAGAAGAUGAAGGCUGAGAUUCAAGACGAAAUGGAUGCAUUUCAUGACAAUAGGCCCUGCUUCUUCAAGCUCAUCUUUGGAUGCGCCAACACUGAGCACCUGCGAAUCCCACGAAAUUUUGUGAAGCAUUUACCCAAAAAAUUGCCUUAUCAAGCAAUUCUUAGGGGUUCCUGUGGAGACGAGUGGCAUGUAAAAUUGUGCAAGAAUGCAGAAGACAUAGUUAUAGAAGAUGGUUGGAAGCAGUACUUUGAAGAUCACUCCUUGGGCGACAAUGAGUUCCUUCUUUUCAAAUAUAAUGGAGAUAUGUCAUUUGAUGUGAUCAUUUUUGGAAAAGAUUGUUGCGAGAGAGUUUAUGAUCAUACUAUUAACAAGCAAAUUCCACAUGAUGAAGCAAACCAGCAGAAAAAAUUCAAAGGGAAAAGCAUCCAGAGAACUCCCACCCAAAGAAUGGAUUCACAUCUCAAAUUUAAUGAAGAGAAGGGGAAAAAAAGAAAAGUUGAAACAGAAAAAUCAAACGGUUCAAAAACGGCCGAGUCUUUUACCUCUGACUUUCCUUUCUUCAAGAUGUACAUGAAAAAACACAAUGUGGAGAAGGGGUUCCUACUUAGAGUCCCAGCUCCUUUUGCUAGAGAACACCUUCCUCCUCAAGGCACAACAAAAAUUGUUCUACUUAAUUCAGAAGAUAAAACUUGGGAAGUUAAUUAUGUGAAGAAUGGGAGUAGCAAAGUCCUUUCUAAAGGAUUGAAGGCAUUUGUGCGUGAAAACAAGCUCAAGAUUGGUGAUAUGUGCAUAUUUGAGCUUGUGGCGAAAAAGAAAAUCCGAGUCCAUUCCAUUUCUUCCGUCUUAUGGGAUAUAGCCACUUUUGUUUCUGGUUUUAGUUUGGUUGUCAGCCUUUAUGAGGUUGUGCUAGCUGGUGGCUUGUAA